CACAGUAACACAUUUUCAUUUCCGUUUGGGACAAUCAUGGUGGAUGAAAAUAACGUGAACUCUGUAUAAAGUCGGUUUUGUUUCAGUUCUUAAAUGAAACACGCGUGUGAAUUACGUGUAUUUGUAUUUGUUUCCGAGUUUGUUUGUUUUAGAUGCGCUUAGUCCAGUAAGUUUGGUAUUUACGCGUGUGUUCGACGGUCGUUGGUCUGUAACCUUGGCAUCAGUCAUACUGAAGAAAAAGAGAGGACAGAAGCAAAUAUGUCAGGUGUCUGUCGUGGUUUAAGUUCUUUAUCAACCAAGAUCCUAAAAGAUGCCACACUUUUACCAUGCCCCUGGUUUGUGUCUGCACGCACUAAAUUCUCCAAAUCAAGAAUCCCAAAAGAGUUUUUUGCGGAUAGAUCGAAAGAGCAUGGGAAAUAUGGAGGGGAUCCAGAGCAGCCUCACAAACUGCACAUCGUGACUCGAAUCAAAAGUGUGAUGCGGAGACCUUACUGGGAGAAAGAGAUGGUGAAGCAUCUGGGAUUAGAAAAGGCACAUGCCCCCGUGAUUCACAAAAACACACCUGCUGUCAACAGCCAACUGAAAUUUGUCAAGCACCUGGUGAGGAUCCAGCCUCUGAAGACUCCCUAUGGACUCCCCACUGAACAAGACAUGGCCGACACCUACAUCAACAGCAAAGGAGAGCUGAUCGUCCAUCGUCUUCUCCAACCUGCAGAUCCCAAGGCUAUCGAAUCUUAACAGCACUCUCAACAAUUUAAUCCUCCAAUUGUACAUAUGUAAACAUUCAGUAAGUUGUUAAAGAUCCUUCAGUAAACUCGUGUUCUGACGAAUGAAGCAGGAAAAAGUUUUGCUGAAUAAAAAAACCCUGACUUGCA